AUGCGCGGCGGCUACCGACCAUGCUCGCGGGGCUCCUGGUGUUGGCCGCCCAAGCCAUGGAGCUCCACAGGUUGCCCGCCUAGGUGGACAACAAGGCCGCUGAGACCAGACCAUGGCUCUCGGCGCUCACGGCCGCCUGCAGGGGGGUCGACGGAGGAACGCCUGGUGGUGGCCUGCGCGGCUGCUGCAGCCGGCGACCACCUCCCCGACCUUCUCCAUACGCCGCCAGCGUCCCUGGACCUGCCGCUCCGGACGUCAUCCACCUCUCCGUCCGUCCCGCUGCUGCCUCCCAGUGAGCGAGCGAGCAGGGAGCUCGCGCGCGGCACGCCCGGCGUGGCCGCGUCGAAUCGAAGCGGGGUAGAGGGGCAGGGGAGCGGGGGCGGGGGUUGCUUACCUGCGGAAGCGGAGGCGGGCGACGAGGUGGAGGAGGAGGAGCGGCGGCGGGCCGGGUGGGGAGGUGGCGGGCCGGGGCGAGGAGGUGGCGGGUGCAAGGAGGAGCGGGGGCGGCGGUGGCUCAGGACCUGCGGCGGCGGCGCGGGGCUCGGGUCGAGACGGGAGGGCGGCGGCGGCUCAGGUGAGGAAGGGGGGCGGCGGCAGAUCAGGUGA